AGCUUGUUGAGGUGGAAAUGACAGAUGACUAGAUAACAACAGUGUUGACAGCAUUAGACAUAUAAUCACGGUUGCGCUGUAUCUAGAGUUUCAGAAAUGAGUAACGAUGUAACCAAGAAGAAGGGAAAGGCAGUCGGGGAGAAAAAGACUAAAAGAAAAGCCAAGCGGAGAGAGACUUAUGCAGUGUAUAUCUAUAAAGUUUUGAAGCAGGUCCAUCCUGACACUGGCAUCUCCAGCAGAGCAAUGAGCAUAAUGAAUUCCUUCGUCAAUGACGUAUUUGAGCGCAUUGCAACUGAGGCAUCUCGUCUGACCCAGUACAACAAACGCUCAACCAUCACCAGCCGAGAGGUACAGACCGCAGUCCGACUCUUGCUACCUGGAGAGCUGGCCAAGCACGCUGUGUCAGAGGGCACCAAAGCUGUCACCAAAUACACUAGUUCAAAGUAGAAAAUGAGUGCCUCAAAUGCUGCAAGAAUGCAAUUAAGGCUAUGGAUGCACCAAGUUUAAGUUGAAUCAUUAUUUUUGGAAAAUAAAUGCACUAAAUUGAUAUUUUUGGGGGGUUCCCCAUGAUUAAAUGUUUCUGCAAUUCA